AUGCAAGCUUUGCUUAGAAGGCUUCCGGCUGCAGCAAGUCUGUGUGCUUGUCUUCACCAGGAUGUCUUCAUCUACAUCAUCUGCCAGGAAGCAGCCGAGCUACCAAAAGUCAGGAACUACAUUGAGAAGGCUGAUGCCGUCGCAACCAGGCAAGGUCGAGUCCUGCGGCACGUCAUUUUCAACCUCAAUCUCAACAAGCUGAGGGGCGACAUUGAGUUUUACAACAAGUUGCUUCCCUUCCAGCCGGGUCAAGCUACACCCAAGGUCCACCUGGAUUUCUUCUCCACCUUCCGCAACUCUUACUUGAUUCGAUUUGGAAAGUACACGCAGACUGUACUGCGGGACCCCUUCAACAUCAACUACGUGGGUGCCAUGUAUCACGCCUAUCCCAGUCCGUGGCAGGUGUUUAUGCAGGAUCCCGAUGGAAACUACCAGCCAAUUCACGCCACCGAUCUUCGUCCAUCAAUCCAGUGCGUGAAGCGCAAGCUGCAGCGAGCAAACGGCCUUUGGCGAGACGUUGGGCUGCCGGAGGACGAGAAUGAGGACGACGUGUACAAAGUGGUCGACAUGAAGGCGGCGGGAACCAUCAACAAGACGGUGCUGCAGUUCAUCAAGGAGGGUGCCGGAGAUGCGCUGUGGUGGGAGGAAGAGUUCGAGGAUGAAGUGAGUCGCAAGUGGCGCCUGGCCUAA